AUUGUCCAGAAACAAACUUGAAACACUGUCUGUGUGUUAAUCCGCCGAUAUUAUUUAUUAUUUGCUUACCAAAACGGUAUAAAGGUAUACCAAAACUUCUCUCUUGCAAAACAUGACAAUGGUCAUCAUAAUCCCUAUUUUAGCGCUAGGUAUUCCAACGAUUAUCUGCCAAUCUUACACGUUUCCAUUGAGCCCAAAUCAACCAUAUCCACAGUAUAAUAAUGUAUAUGAAUCUAGGUAUCCCUAUCUACAAAACCAACAGAUCCAGAUGCAACCUCAAAUGAAUAACAUGAACCAUAUUGGUGGCUUCAACCAAGCCCGCAUGCAAAAUCCGAUUCACCAGAGGUUCUCAUACAACCCGAUGGCCAGGAUUCAAGUGCAACCUCUUAUGCAGGAAUCAUCAUUCUCUGGCGGUCGUAUUACUUCUCCGGUUGGAGCAUCUGAUUAUCAAGUUGAUCAAAGGGUUCCACUGCCGGCUGCACCUAAUACGCCACAGCAAAGUUUGCAGCCGACGCGUAUAAUUCCUCCGUUUCUCGAAAGUGCUUCCGUCGGCGAUCAGGACAAAUUCUACGAAAUUGUACAGCAUCCAACGUGGAGCGGUGCCGAGAAGAAUAAAAAAAUCGAAGAGUUCAUGAAGACAAUGUCCGACGAAAGACAGUCCAUGUACACCAACUACCGACGUGACGUCAUUGAUAAAGACCUCGAGGAUAAGCGUCGCAACGUGGAUCGUGCCGUGAGCCAAAUGAGCAAAGAAGCGGUGGAAGAGUUCCAACGAGUCGUCCGAAUAAUGCAUGAUCCUUCUCAACCGGAGAAGGAGAAGCUCAAGAAGAUCGAAGAAAUCUACUCGAAGCUUCCAGAUUCCAUCCGCAAAGAGUUUGAUGUGAAGCUGAAGGGAUUCAAGUGACUCGUCUAAAUAAUACUUAAUUUAUUUGUUUAGUUAAUUUUUUUUUGCUUUUUUUUUGUUUGAGUCAAUUCAAAAUGCAGAGCAAGAGCAAUAAUAGAAAUCGUUUUUGGAAAAUAAAUUUAAUGUAUGUAUAUC